UGAUGCUUCGACUUCAUUUUAUACACGUCAUUGGGAAUUAAUUAUAUUUUAUGAUUUAUUAUGAUAAAUGUGAAAUUGAUUGUAUUGUUCUUUUAUAUCGAUUUUGUAAACGGCUCUCUCAAAUAUUGUGAAAUAUGUCCUAACCAUACGCUUUGUAAAUACAAUAUGUCGGGCCCAAGUUCAUCUUGCGAAGAAUACGAAGAUACUCCACUCACAAAGGAUGAUGUUAAUAAUAUUGUUAACAAAAUUAACGAGCAGAGAAACUUCGUCGCCGCGGGCUUGUCGAGGCUUCUACCCCGAGCCGCCAAUAUGAACAAAAUUUAUUGGUCAAACGAGCUUGCGAAGUUCGCCCAAAGGUGGGUGGACCAGUGCGACAGUGCUACACGCCCCGACAAGGAAGACGAAUGCCGUGAUUUAGAGGAGUCGGCAGUGGGUCAAAACAUCGUAACUAUAUCGGGGCCCUCGCCCGGAAUGCACGUGACGAGCUUGAUUGAUGUGUGGUUCAUGCAGAAAAGGGCAUUCACUGGCAGCGUGUCCUAUUACAAUCAAUCACGGGAUUGGAAGACAAAUUACUUUACUCAAUUAAUUUGGGCCGAAACGGAUAAAGUGGGCUGUGGUCGCGCCAGGUUUUAUGUGGCAGAAAGAAAAUCUAUCAUAGAGAGAUUAGUUUGCAAUUUCGCGCCCAAAGGAAAUCUCCACGGGAAGCCUGUGUACGCCAUAGGCUUCCCAGCGACACAAUGUGUACACAAUAAGGUACAGGAUCAACGAUAUAAGGGCUUGUGUGCACACUUGAUACAAGAUAAUGACAAACCUCAUACAACACCCACUCCUCCAGUGAGCAGUUUACUUAGGAUUUUCAACUUAUCAAAUAACUCAGUCAAACUGGACAUAGACCCCAUCCGGAAUAACUUAAGACAAAUGAAUUUUAAUGAAUCGAUCCGCCAGAGGAAUCCUAAGACUAGACAUGUAUUUUUUAAUAACAGUCAUGCUGGACUACGAAAUGUACCGCGAUUACCAAUGCAAAACCAAUGGAAUACUCCUGCUAACGCUUACUCCCAGACGCCCAGAGUUCAAAGACCACAACAAUAUCAACAAGAGAGGGGGCACUCUAGAGUUUACCAUGGACAUGAAUUACAUAACAAUAAUUUCGCAUCCAAUAUCAAUGACCAAUCCACAUCUGAAAAUUAUCGAAGAUUUGAUUAUACAACUGAACAGGCUGGUGAACCAGCCGCGAACGAUUUGAGGAAAUAUAACAGAUAUCAUCAAUGCACAAGGAGAUCUCAUGCAGAAGAAAGUGACUGCGAAUCAAGCCACCAAGUAAAUCAAUGCACACGGCAUAGAUCUACGAGCUGUUGCCAAGUAGUUCCAACCACCACCUCGUGCCCGAUCAUGACUGUUAAACUUGGAUGCCCACGCGACAUGUGCCAGUGCAAUACACCCAGAGCCACCUGUGCCACUAUGCCCCCAAUGUGCCAAUGCAACUCCAACUGCCAAUGUUUUAAUCCUGACUCAGGAACUCAAUGUCUAUCAGGACGUAGAACACAAAACAAUGACGAUAACCCUGCAAUCGCACAGCCAAAUCAAAAAGCUGAUACGAGAAAGGCAGCUGAACUACAUUACUACGAUUUACUGCCCAAUAUGGCUAUUCGUAGUGGAGACAAUGAAGAAGAUCAAUUGCCAACAAAAGACAAUAUUAUCACCACCCCAAAAGAUACAUGGCUUCAACACGAUACUACAAUCCCUGACAUGUAUAAAAGAAUGCCACAUAAAAUAAAACAUGAUCAAAGACAGGUAAAAGAAAAAUUUAGAAAUAGAGACAAUUUUAGACACGUACCAGAUUACAUGUAUGAUUCAUCUGAUUCCAGAGAAAGAAAAAGACGUAGCCCUAUAGAUGAAGUAACGUUUAAACCUUUUUGGCAAAUGGAUGAAUACAAUCGAGAUAAAUCUACGCAGUUAAGAUCGAUGUUGUACACAACAUUAUCAAAUAAAAAGUUUCGGAAGACUAGACGAACUACUACCACUGUUAAAGUCUCUCAAACUACAGAAUCGAUAACAGUACAAUUGAAAGAUGCAUCUAAUAUGAAACCUAAUCCAAAGGGUCUUGUAACAGAGAAGUAUUUAUCAUUUGAUGAAUUAAUGCAUCUUAGAAAACUUAGUACUCUAGACACUACUACAGACGCAAGACGACGUGCUGCUCCCGAUGCUGCUACCACAAGCGCAUCAUCUGAGUACACUGCGAACACACCUUUUAUGAGGAAAAAACAUUGCACCCGAAAACUUACUUGUACAUGGACUGCUCCAACUGUUACAAAUGCUGAAGGAAGCGUCAUAAUUCCAGGUAUAGGAGGAGACCGAGGCUCCCGAACUCCACCGGGCUAUGUCGAAGGAUGUACAAGAACCUCUACUUGCACUCGUGAUUUUAUGAAUAGAAACAAAUUCUCCUCAAUCGAUGAUAGCUCUACUGAAACUACUUUGGAGGACGAGGAUUAUUGUGAAAAGCGUGCUUUGAAUGUUCGCAGAAGAGAUUCUAGUUUCGAAGCUGAACCUAAUAUGGAGAAUCAAGUUGGUACAGAUGUAACAACUUUUACGAUACACUCAUUACAAAGCUACGUCAGUACAGAUAUUGAUUAUAUCUCUAGCACAAUCCCGACAACUUCAAUAGACGCCAAUUGUUUUUGUUACGAAGAAACCUCGAGAAUGAAAAGAAAUGAUAAUGAUGAGAACACUAACAUUUUGCACCCUAGUAUUAGCGAAGUAAAAAGACAAAAACGUUCCGAAGAGAACUUGUCUUAUGGUGAUUUAUAUUAUUUGGUGCUACAAAAAAUUAUACGGACGUGGAAAAGAGGUCAAAAUUCAUUUCAUAAUAGUGUGUGUUUAUGUAAUUCUGCUCAUUUGCUCCGAGGAUCUAUUUCCAUUUUUCUUUUUAUAUUUUUGUAUAAUCUGAUAUUCAAUGUAUUUAUUUGAUCUAAAUUAUCUUUGAUUUCGG